GGAAAAAAAACAAAAGAGGAAACAAACGGAUCUUUGGAUCCUUUCAUUCAACAGUCGCAUCCACUUUUGCCAGGGAAACGCGCCGUCCAACGGCCUCCGUGGGAGGAAGGUAAACGGCGACAAAGGCGGUGCGCGUGCCUGCCGGAGGCGAGGAUUCCUCAUCGGAGAAUCGCGACUGGAUUUGGUACAUCAUCAUCGUCGUCGUCGUCGUCAUCGUCGUCGUCGUCGACGCGAGUGUAGUUUUUUACCUCACACAUAGAGACGUAAAAAAUCACGCGAGUGAAUUAUUGAGAGAGGAGAAGAGAAAAACGAGGGAAGAAAACUGAAAAAAAGAACCAGGAAGAACCAGGAGAGGGAGAGGAGGAGGAGGAGGAGGAGGAGGAGGAGGAGAGAGAGAGAGAGAGAGAGAGAGAGAGUGUGUGUGUGCAUCGCAACGCGUGUGAAAUGGAUGGUACGCCAAAGAAAAGCGAAGCAGUGCUAAUAUAUGGAUGCCCAUGGGUGGAACUUGGCCGAAAUGUGCCAACGCUACCAUCACGCUAUACCGGCGACAGCGGGGACGCAGAAUUCCUCGCCAGCUAGGGAUCCCUCGGCUGCCAUCGCGCAAGGCCUGUCAACCGCCGCUCUCAUCGAUCAAGCCAGCCCGUCUUAUUCGCAUUACACGAUGCUGGACAAUUAUGACAGGGGUGAGGUGACACCACCACCGGCGGUGAGCGGCUACGGCGGCUCCCCCGGGCUUCUGGCGCUCCAUUCGUCGCUUUACGCAACUCCCACGUCGAGAGCCUACGACAUCGACUCCGGUAUCGACGGCAACGACAGCUCGAUGCCCAUCGACACCCAGAUCAUCUCGCAGAUACCGAGCAUGCUGUCCGGCCCGGCGCAGCAGCGGCUCGAGGAUAUGCCGUGGCUGGCCUCCGGUCCGUCGCUCGAGUACCAACCGGGCAUCUCGCCGAUUCCCGCAGGAGUGAAGAUGUGCCAUCCCGGCGGCGGCACCGCCCAGAGGAGCCUCAAGGAGCAACGGAUACGUCGCCCGAUGAACGCGUUCAUGGUCUGGGCAAAGGUCGAGCGCAAGAAAUUGGCCGAUGAAAAUCCCGAUCUCCACAAUGCCGAUCUCAGCAAGAUGCUCGGAAAGAAAUGGCGAGGACUGACGCCGCAAGACAGGAGGCCUUACGUCGAGGAGGCUGAGAGGCUCCGAGUCAUACACAUGCAAGAACAUCCGAAUUACAAGUACAGGCCGCGACGUAGGAAGCACGCGAAACGGACACCCGGUGCACCGUCCUCGCCUCCUUCGGCGACCAACACCGCGGGCAACAGGUCCAAUCCUACCGGCUCGGCGAUUCAUCAUUCCAUGUCCAAGAUGGACAGUUACCAAGGCAUGUCUCAAAUCCCAUGGGGUGGCCAUUCCCCGAUCUCAUCCCUGUAUCAUCAACAGCAACAGCAGGGUAUCCAGGAGUACAAAUCGGAAAAUAAUUCGCUCUACGGCAGUCCUUAUACGCCCAUCAUCCACUCCCCGGACAUAUCUCCGGUGGCCAGUCCCGAGCCCGAUGGUGAUGGUGGUCAUCUAUCGUCCGCUCAAAAUCCAGAUCCAGAACGAGAUCUAAUGGAAGGUACUUCAAAGCAACAUGGAGACAUGUCCGAUCAGACGAAACGAUAUACCUUUAUGAGUAGUGACAAUCAACUGCACGCGGGUCACGCUAGUAACACUAGCAUAUCAUCGUGUCAAAAUUCCGGCAGUUAUACGGAUACCUUAACGUAUAAAAAAUCCGUGGGCUAUUUGAAUUUUGAGAGACAGUCAACGAGUAUAGCCGCAGUGGGCAUAGCGAACGGUAUGAUGGUGUCGUGCAAUAAGCUCCGCUCCGGUUUCGACAACGUCGGCUCCGUCACGGGCACGUUUUAUCCACCAGUCGCCUCGCCGCACGAUCAAUCGCUGCAGCAUUACAGCGGCACGCAGACGUCUAAGAGCACAACGAACUAUUCGAUGCAACCUACCGUCGAGAGUAAUUACAAUCCGGUCCAAUGCGCCAACAGUCGACAGCAGCCCAUAGGAAUCCGCGGAGCCGCUGAAAGUUGUCCCGGCACAGUAACGCACCGAUACCAAAUGCAUCAUCAAGAGUAUCAAACGGACGCGUCCUCCGGCCAGCAGCAACAGCAAGCGAUUCUCGGCAGUCACAUCGAUCCUGGUAUGAGUGCCGAGGAUGAUCAACAACAGACGCUCCAGCUGGAAAAAUAUUUCAAGUAUUCUCAUCCGACAAGCGUAGCACAUUCGAGCCUAUCGUCGCAGAAUAUGUUAGACAAUAAUCAUAACUAUGCCAGCGAUCUGCGUUACUACGGGGCACCGCCGCAGUCUCUGGACAUACCGAAUUCUCAGUGCAUCAUCGACGAUCAGCAGGGAAACAAGGAUGCUCGUUGUCCUAAUGUCGCGAUCGGUCACACUAUGGAGCAGUAUCAUCCGGGACUGGAGGUAUCCAAGUACACGGAUCACUCAGUGACGCAACAGCAUCAACAAUCACAACCACAGCAGCAGCAGCAGCAGAGCAUGGAACACGUGUCCAAGGCUGACGAUGAUUUCAGUGUUAUACUUGCGGACGUGCGCAAGACUUGCUACAGUAGCUAGUGUUUCUCCUUCUAGUGCACAAAACGAUCCAUAGAUUUCGGAUUAGAUUGACGUGUGAAUUUCAGGGACUCAUUUUUAGCUCACAAUCAAGGAGAACAGGAUAUUUUGCGCACAUUUUAUGUCAUCAUGUGGUUAGUGCUACCCGAAAUAUAUCAAAAUAUUUUAUCUCGUGAUAAAAGGUAUGUUCUUCUCAUUAACUAAAUAAUAUUUUAGCUCAGAGUUUUCACGCGAGCAAAAGAUAUUGUUUGUCAAUACUUCAUUCAAUUUUCAACACGGAAAAUAUUUAUAGUUGCAGUUUUAUCUUUUGUAACUCCGUCUAAGAGUAUCCUCUGUGUAAGCACGAUCUCUUAUGGAUGUCAGUACAAUUGAAAUUGUGAGUCAGUGGCGUAUAAUUGUCGCUUACAAAUUGUCAACAAAUUGCACUAAGUGAAAUUGCGAUAAAAAUAUGAUACGAAUAUAAUAAUACGAUACAAACAAUGAUAAAUUACCUGAUAUAAUCAAGAAUGUCAUCAUAUUUUGUUACAAUGAGUAUCGUUUUAUUGAAAUCUUUUACAAGAUAUUAAAUUUCUUCGAUCUCUUCUUCGAUAUCUUAUCUACAGUCUUAUAUGAACACUUUAGGACCUCAGAAACGUAAUGAGAUAGGCGGCUAAUGGUGCACGACUAGUGUAUAGCAUUAAAAUUGCAGAGAGAAUUGUAUACUCACAUAGAUGUCACAUUAGUUUCAUUAUCAAAGAUAAUACAGUAGCAGAGAUAUAAUAGCGAUAGCGAGAGAUAUUAAAUUUUAUAUUGUUAUAUUAGAAAACUUUCACAUGUCAAGAAAUAUUUUGCAUCAGUAAGUCUUCUCGUAUUUAUUCCGAGAUAGCAGCAUUUACUUUUGGUGCUACACCACUGUGAGCUUUAUCAUCCAAAAGCUUAUUUUUAAUCGCUACAAACGAUUGAUUUUAUAUAAUGUAUGUUUUUUGUUGUACAUAAAUUUUUCUUUUCUUGCUCAUCAUGGUGACAAUUCUAGCAAUUUGUGCAAACUGCACAUCAAGUUUCGUAGAAAUGCAAAUGGUGCAAAAUGUCUUCGAUGUGUAUAGAAAUGUGUAAAGAAUUUUGGGUAAAUUAUGAUUACAUUAUUAUUUUGCUAUUAUUAUAUUACCUAUAUUAAUUAACAUUAUUAUUAUUAUUAUUAUUAUUAUUAUUAAUAUAUCGUACUUAAUAGAAUCAAUUAUUUACCUCCCUUCUUCCCUCCUCCCCAUAUCUUCUUCAAAGAAUAUUCUUCCACAAAAAAAAAAACAACACAUUUUUGACGCGUUUUACAUUGUUCAUAUUGUUUAUUUUGUCAUGUAUGUAUCUUACACGCCUAUAAUAGGUACACACAAUAUAUGUAUGAG